AUGAGCAACACGGAGCAGAUGGUGGUGCCGGAACAGCAGAGCACAGUACCUGCUUCUGGCUAUGUCCCACCAUCGAUGCAACAGCGGCAACAGCAACGAGCUGGACCCCUUUACGAUGUCUCCAAGGUGGUACGAGAUUUCUGGCCAGGUCAAAUGAGGAAAAUCGAGCAUAUGACUGAGAGCGAAAUGCGUGAACAUUGUAAACAUAUGGAGCUGCCGAUGGCUAGAGUGAAGAAAGUUAUGCGAAUAGAUGAUGAUGUCCGAUCUCAGAUGAUAAGCUCGGAUGCACCGUUGCUUCUGGCUGCUGCAUCGGAGAUGUUUAUUCAGGAAAUCACACUUCGUGCUUGGCAGCUUGUGGAGGAAGGGCGGCGUAAAACUCUACAAAAGUCAGAUAUUGCUGCUGCGGCAAGUAGAUUCGAGCACUUCGAUUUCCUGAUCGACAUCGUUCCUCGUGAGGAUUCAAAGAAGCUUCAUGACGAUUUGGCCAAUAAUACCUUGAACGUCACCUCAGAAGGAGUGCUAGGUACACCUGCUCAAGUGCAGUAUGUGCUGGCUGGUGAUGGAGCUUCUGGCAAUGAUGUAUAUCAUCUUGAGAACGGACAAGUUCUUCACGCCACUCCGAUCGGGCAACCCAUCCCAAUCGGUGGUCCUUCUGCUGCGAAUAUUGACAUAAGUCAGUUGCCUCCUGGAAUGCAAAUUCUACACAUACCAUCGCAAUAG